AUGCCAUCCCACCACCAAUGGACACCAACCGCCGCACUCCACCCCCUCCUCAGCACAACGCUGGCCGCACUCUACGUAUCCUCGAUCCUCGCACACCCGCCACGCCACCGCCUCAGCGCCUUCAUCCUCCUCUGCGCGCCCGUUGGAUACGCGUUCGUGCACCACCUCGCGCUGACGCCGUGGUACGCGCUCAACGACACCUUCGGGCGCAUGCUGUACAUCUGGCUCGCGUACAUGAGCUACGCGUUUCUUCUCGUGCGCGUGCGUCCCGCGGUUGCGGACCGCAGCGCGUGGAGCGAGAGAAUGCGGUGCGCGGCGAAGGUGCUGUAUACACGGCAUCUGGGGGAGUACUGUACGGGACGCCGCGAGCCGCCUCACCACCUCACGCGCGCGCGUUUCGGCCUCCGCCACCUCGCGAAGGCGGUGCUGUUCCUCGCUGUUAAUACCGCGUACGACGCCUGCCUCAUACCACCUGCCCUGUACCCCCCAGCGUCAUUCGUGCGCCGCCUCCCGUCCUCACUCUCGGGCGACGAAUUGAGGCUGCGCGCCAUGAUGACGUGGGACGUCUGCGUCGCCGACAUGCUGUACUUCGAGACCGUGUACUCCCUAUUCGCGAUGCUCUGGGUGUGCGUGUUCCGCUUCGAUGAUGCCUCGGAGUGGUCGUUAUCGCUGUUUGGAAAGAUGGCGGACUGCUCCAGCGUGCGCGCGUACUGGGGAGCGUACUGGCACGAUUUCAUCAAUGCGAGCUUCACUGCGCACAUCAAGCUUGUCACGAGGCGCUGGUCGGGGCUGAGGAAGGGCGGUGGCAGGAGGUUGGUGGAGAAUGGUCUGGUGUUUGUGGUGAGUGGGUUGAUGCAUUCGCUCGUGCGGUGUGUGCAGACUGAUGGUAACGGAGAGAUUUGGACGGUGACCCUAUGGUACGGCGCUCAGAUGCUUCCUAUCGUUGUUGAAGGGGUGGUACAGCAUUUCUGGCUGAGCUCGACGUUGAGAAGGUGGUUACAUUUUCGUCUCGGGGAGGCGGUGAUGAUGAGAUUGGAGAGGGCAGUUGGGUAUGCAUGGGUGUUUUGCUGGAUGUUCUGGAGCGUGCCGAAGUAUCUGCUCACCAGGCAUGCGUGGGAACGGGAGAAUAUGCACAAGAGAUUUCCAGAGCUAUUUGCUAGUCCAAGGGAACGCGUGAAGAUUGAUCUGGGAGGAUUGGAGUAG